AUGAAGCGCAAUAUUUUGCAGGUUUCGGAGGUUAGUUCACGUUUAAGUAGAGCUGGCACUCUUGGACUAGGGAAAGCAGUGGAGGUCCUGGACACACUAGGGAGUAGCAUGACAAGUUUAAACCCCCAUACUUUUACUUCUAGUGUAGCAGCUAAGGGCAAUGAACUUGGAAUUUUAGCUUUUGAGGUAGCAAACACAGUUGUCAAGGGUUCCAACCUUAUGCAAUCUCUUUCUCCACGAAGUGUAAGACAUUUGAAAGAAGAGGUGCUUCUUUCAGAAGGCGUGCAAAAUCUGAUAUCAAAAGAUAUGGAUGAACUUUUGAGCAUUGUUGCAGCUGAUAAGAGAGAAGAGCUGAAAAUAUUUUCUGGAGAAGUGGUUCGUUUUGGAAAUCGGUGUAAAGAUCCUCAAUGGCAUAACUUGGACCGUUAUUUUGAGAAAAUUAGCAGAGAACAAACUCCUCGUAAGGAGUUGAGGGAGGAGGCAGAAUCCAUAAUAGAGAUUUUAAUGAUUCUGGUUCAGUGUACAGCUGAGCUAUACCAUGAAUUGCAAAUUUUGGACAGAAUGGAAGAAGAAUGUCAACGUAGGGAGGAUAAUGCAGCUGCUAAUCAGAAAGAUGAUUCCUUACAAGAAGAAGAUUCUGGGAGCAAUCAUCCAAGAUUGGGACCUGCUGGUCUUUCUUUACAUUAUGCAAAUGUAGUUAUGCAAAUUGAUAACCUUGUGGCACGAUCAGGUUCUAUGCCUCCAAAUGGUAAGGAUGCAUUGUACCAGAACUUGCCGCCUGGUGUGAAAUCAGCUCUACGUUCCAAAUUGCAAUCUUUUCAUGUCAAAGACGAGCUUACCAUUACAGAAAUUAAAGAUGAAAUGGAGAAGAUACUACAGUGGUUGGUUCCAAUGUCCACUAACACAGCAAAAGCCCAUCACGGCUUUGGUUGGGUUGGAGAGUGGGCAAGUACCGGGUCUGAGGCCAACAGAAAGCCUUCUGCUGGAGCAGCUGAUAUAAUGCGAAUCGAAACACUCCACCAUGCAGACAAGAAGAAAACAGAAGCCUAUAUUCUUGAACAGUUAUUGUGGCUUCACCAUCUUGUCAGGAAAACCAAGAGUGUGUCUGGUGGUGGCAGCGUGAAGUCUCCCGCCAAGUCCGCAAUUGGUUCACUGGUCCAGAAUUUGGAUCAGAAGCAAAAACAAGAGUCGCCUGAUGCACCUGAGUUGCCUGACAAACCUGUAACAUCCGAUGCGCCAUCAUUAACUAAUGAAGACCAAAAAAUAUUGCAGGAUGCAAGUGAGAAAAAAGGGAUACAAGAAAAUAGUAACAGCCAGGACGUCGACUCAGUGGAUACAAAGUUGAGAGAAGAUGAUGGGCUGAGUAUGAUCAACAGUCAUUCCCCUCCAAGGGAAAAUGAAGACUCAGCUACUGUAAAAAGCAUUCCUUCCGUGCUUCCCAUGACUGAUAUUAGUAUUGACAAGGAGAAAGAAUUGGAUACCAUUGACAGAGUUGAUGUGCUCAGAUACAAGGGAAAGCAUGGGGUUGCUAUUGCUAAGAACAGUCAUUCCCCUCCAAGGGAAAAUGAAGACUCAGCUACUGUAAAAAGCGUUCCUUCCGUGCUUCCCAUCACUGAUAUUGGUAUUGACAAGGAGAAGGAAUUGGAUGCCAUUGACAGAGUUGAUGUGCUCAGAUACAAGGGAAAGCAUGGCCUGGCCAUUGCCAAAACUUGA